UAUAAUACACGAUGUUUAUAUAGUGAACCAAGUGUUGAUGGUACUUGACCAUCCCAUAUAUUUUAAUUACUCGGCACACCUGAUAAGGUUAAAUCCUUUAAUUCCAUCUUAGAAGCGGAUUUCCCGAGAAAUAAAUUCUUACUUCCUCAACUCUUGCCAAAAACCAACUCCCUUAAUUAACAUUGUUCAGGUAACACUUUGUCUACGUGCAAGUCAACAUCAACCACCCAGAACAUAAACUCACCAUAGCACUUCUGAAAUAUUAAGAUCUACAAGACAAGUUUCAUCCUAUGUCAUAAUAAAUUCUAAAGUAACAACAAUGAAUAGCACAGAAUUCGAUCCAUCCACAUGCACGUUGCCAAGCAUCGCAGACACACCCCUGAUCUACUAUCCGAGCCUACUUUCAUUUUACAUUACCAUGCUCAUUAUACUAUGUGUUUUGAUCACCCUUGGUAACUGCAUCAUCAUAUGGGCGUUCAUUCACGUGAAGAAACUGCGCGAUAAGAAGUACGUACUCAUAGGGAGUCUGUGUCUUACCGAUUUCUUAACUGGGAUAAUACUGCCCAUCCAAAUCUUAGCUCCACCAAGUUUUGUGGACGCUAUUGGACUUUCUCUCGCAAUCAUUUCCGUUUUCACAAUUCUGGCGAUUGCAAUUGAGCGUUUCUACAUACUAGUUCUGAUGAAUGUGGACAUGAGUCGAACGGCAGCUACAGGGAGGCAAUUGAUACUCAUCUGUAUAUUGAUGUGGUUGACGGUAUUCCUUGUGGUCGUACCAUGGACGGCCUAUCCACGCAAGUACAUUAUCCUUCUCUACAGCUUUGCUCCGUUGAGUGUUAUUGUUGUUAUGAUUGGUGUCAGUGUACUGUAUGCAAGUAUCUUUCACACGAUGCAUAAAAUGGAUAAAAAGAAACAGAGCAAACUAGGCAAAAGAAGUCUCAACCGAACGAAGCUUGUUAUUCAAGCCUACGCCAUAAUAGUCGUCAUGUUUUCUGUAUGUUGGCUGCCAUGGUGCAUCGAAGCCCUACGCACAGCUUUUGACACUUAUUUCAGCAGCAAUCCAGCGGAUCGUGAAGUGUGCUACGUAGCGACCAUACCAGCAAUUUUCUUGCUAAAUCUUGGCCUUCUAAAUUCAGCCAUUAAUCCGUUGAUCUACUGGCUGAAGUUGCCUGAUUUCCACGACGCUAUCAACAGAUUGCCAAUCUUCAAAUGCUUCACUUGCAAAAGUUGCCAAAAGAGGUCGGCAAUUAGCAGAAGCGAUAGCUCUUUUUCGAACAGCGGUUCUGUAAUGAACACAGUGGCUGUACAGAUCAAUGAAGUCACCAAUAGCUAAAUUGCUUUUUAAUUCUUAUUCUAACCAUGAAGGUUUCAAUGUUAUAUUAAAACUAAUAAUAUGUAUAUUGUUAAGCAAUGUCGUCUUAACUUGGUAUCUUGCAAUAAUCAAUAAAGACGUUUACUUGCAGCAUGAAAAAACAAUUUAGUAACUUUUCCAAAGUUAACAGUGUGGUAUGUUUAAAGAUCUCGGUUUUAUUAUGUUUGUUGUUAUUGAUUUUUUUGCUUGUUAAAAUAGGUCAAAUGAAUUGCGUAAUAAACACAUAAAUAUAAUAUAGUUAAUUAAUGGUUUAAACACUAAUAUUAAAGCUAUAUAACUCAAUAGUAAAGCUUUGUAAUCGUAAAUGCUUGAUUCAAAGAAAUGCAUCAUGGGAUUAUGAUUUGCUACCCUGGAUUUUCCGACAACAGGGGUGAAGCCUAAAUACGAUGAAUCAGCUACAGUAUAAUAUUUCAGGGCUAUUGGUUAGUUUCAAUUUCAUUUCAAUAGUUCCGCUUAUCUAAAGUAAUAGAAUGUGCUUUGAACACGUUAUAUUUUCAUUGCGGAUUUUUUGGGCUCAGUACGGACUCCAAAUGUAUGCAUUUUCUUUUAGUUUUAAGGCGUAUGCGGAUUUUUUAGGUC